AUGAACGAUCUAACUGUUAUUCAGACUGCUCAGGGUCUAUUCGCAUAUUGCCAGUCAUUUUUUCCAAGCUCUGAGUCACAUUCUAUUAUUAUUGGUUUUGAUGCUAGGUAUAAUAGCAAGAAAUGGGCCUAUAUCACUGCCAAAGUUUUCAUCGAAGGGGGCUGGAGGGCGCUUAUUUUCCGUGAUUUUUGCCCCACUCCUUUCGUCUCGUUUGGAGUGACUUUUUUUUCUUCUGCAUGCGGGGUCAUGGUUACUGCAUCACAUAAUCCAAAAGAUGACAAUGGAUACAAGGUGUUCUGGAAUAAUGGCGCUCAAAUAAUUCCUCCUCAUGACAAGGGGAUAUCAGAUUCAAUAGAUUUGUCGUUAAUUCCAAAAGACUCUUCAUGGGGCAUUGAAAACAUUGAAAAAAACAAAUUAUGUAUUGAUCCAACGGAUGAAAUUUUAAAAAGUUAUCUUGCUAAGCAAAAAAAUCUCUGUUACACACCUGGUGCUGGUGCACUUAUGUAA